AUGAAAAUACCUCUUAAUACUCUAGAGCAGCCUAAAGAAAUCGACCGACGCAUCUUGGCCUCCAUCUUAGCAAGUCCCAACUUCUUGGAAGAGUUGCUUUAAUUAGUGAAUGACAAGAGUAAUGUUAUCCACAAAUUAUCCUUGGGAUCAUUGACUUUACUAAUGGAUAAAUUAGAUGACUAUAUAGAGAAUAUGGCCUAGCAAGUGUAAUAGAACUCUAGGCAUGAUUGUUCGUAGUUGUUAAACCUCAUUAAUAGUUUAAUGGAGUAUGAGUGUUAUAGAAAGUUGUUUAAUUCAUUAGAACAUCUAUUAAGCAUAGUGGAGCAUACGGAUAACUUGUAAAAUUAUGAGACAAUUAUGAACAUUCUGAUCAAAAUUUGUGAUUAAGCGAUAAAUCUAAAUAAUCCUUAAUAGAAAGAAACCUGCAAUUAAUAAUUACGAGAUAAUAUCCCUAGAUUGAUUUACCUAAAUAGAUUCCUCUUUGAUCAUAAUAAUACACUUUCAUCAACUAAACUUGAACUGAUUGAUUACUAUCAUGAAGAUCCAAAUUAUUUAUCUAUUACAGAUAAACCCAUUUAAUUCCCAUAACUACAUUUUGAAUAUAUAGAACCGACUAUUUUAGAUGAGCCUUAUGCAGAUUUAUGUAAAAAUGGUGUUCACAAGAAAGAAUUAUAGCAUUAAACAUCAAUCAAAAACUUUAGCAUUUACGAUGACAAUUCCACAUCUGCCCUUCUUUUGGCCAAAAAAACAUUAGGAUAAUAAGACAUGCCUUUAAAUCCCUUAGUAGAAGCAGUAAAAUAUCGUAUUCUGAUUUACAGAGGUUUGGCAUAGAAUAAAAUUGAUACUAAUACAUUGGUUUUAGGUAUGCAUAUUCUAUCCCUUGAGAUGAAUAUGUUGCUCGAUGCUUUCUGUUCAACUCACGACUGUGCUUUCUUGUUGGAUUAAGUAUUUGUGGAAAAAAUUGAAUAUGAACAAUAUUUCAGCAUCUAUACCAAAUUAUUUUAAUUGAAGACUGUGUAACCAAGACUACUGGUUACCAUUUUAUCAACCCUGGAUGAAAUACUAAUCACUGAAAAAUAGUAAGAUAAUGAAAUAGCAUUAAAUACAGCCAAAAAUUAUGAUGAAAUCUUCUUAUAAUUGAUUUACGAUGUUUUAUCGAUGCAACCACAUCAAAUUGAAAUCGAAUCAAGUUACCCCUUAAAAUACAAUGGAUAACUCUUAAAUGAACAAUGCGCUAGAGAUGAAGAAGUUGCUUGUGGCAUUUUCAAACUGUUCUCUUCUGAAUCUGGAGUGUUAUUAUUAAGCCGUGGUAACAUUGCACUUGGAUCAUCACAAGCUCUAGUUAAAACACUACUUAUUUAAGAUAACAAAUUAAUAUUGCCCCCUGAAAUCUUGAAAGCAGCCAUUGGAAUGUUAGGCAGGUUGUCCAGAAAAGAAGAUCUACAAAGGGAUCUUAAAAUAUUUAAUGAUCUAAUUAAGGUAGUUGACAACCUUAUUACCAUCGGACCUAAUCUAAUCAAACCUACAGAUUAAGGAUAUCAACAAGUUACCUUCGAUGAAACUGAUUCUAUCAUUUCAUUCGCUAUUUAGAGCAUCAACGAACAUUUCAAAGACGACCUUGGGAGGAGAUACAAUAGAGCAAAUGCACCUACAAUUGCCAGAAAGGUGUCAGAAACUCAGAUCAUCAAAAAACUAUACAAUUUUCUUUAAGACAACAAAUACACGCUUAUUAUACAGCAAACACUCAUUUUGAUUUCACAUCUUGCAAAUGAGGUUCCUACUCUUAUUGGCAGAUUGAUAGACUCUCAGUUACCCUAACAAUUGAAUUCUAUCAUACAGGGUCUAAAUUUAACUUAAAUCAACAGUAAAAUGGUCAAUGCUGUAUUUUAAUUCUACUUUAAUGUUACACUCAAGGAAGAAGGAUAUGAUCAAUUUAAUAAUUGUGGCUUAUAAUUCAUGCAACAGAUACUUGAGAGCAGUUUAAUUUAAACUAAUGCUCCUAAAGAAAUACUCACAUCUGUAGGUUAGAACAUAGCUAAGUAUCUACAAAAGAUUGACAAGGUUGGUCCAUAAGUUAUAAAUAUAUUGAACUUUGUAUUAGAGAGACUGCAUAAAGAAUUGAUAAACAAGAAAAAUAAUUUGAAAGAGGACACAUAUUAAUAAUAUUAUGAGAUUAUUACAAAAGUGUCAAACUUAUCCAUAUUAAUUUUGAGGAUGAUUCACAAUUUGCAUCCAUCUUAAUAGGCUGAAAUGAAUACCAAAGGCUUUUUUGAAGAUUUAUUGUUGUUCUUUGAAUUUCCUACUUUUGAUUUUAAAAUUGACUUAACCAAAGUAUUUAGAUUAUUUGCUUAAUUAGAUGAAUUUGAUAAUCCAUUUAAAGCAUUGUCUAAAGUACUUGUCUCAAUUUAAAAACUGGAGAAUAAGUUAGGUUGUACUCUGGAAAACUCAAACAUUGUUAUUGAUGAAUCAUUCUAUAGCUCUGAGAAAUUCUUUCUUAAUUGUCCUUUGGACUAAUUGCAAUAGAAAUUGGAAUUUGUUUCUUAUUAUUCUUAGAUUGAGUCCCUGAUGGAAGUCUUAAAGCAUUAUUUGAUGAAUGGUCUAAUUAGAUCUGAAUAAUAGGAGAUAAGCAAAUUAUUGAGUAAGAGUUGUUCAUUACUUUUAAUAUUGGUAAGAUCCAUUAAGCAUGGGCAAGAUUAGAAAAUAGAUCAAACAUUCAAGAAGUCUGUCUUCUAUCCAUACAUAUAACUAUUAAAGGUCAUAAUAAUCAAUUCAUAUAGAGUUAUAAGAAGAAUCAAUAAUGAGUUGCAACCCCUCAGCAAUUUGUUUUGUUAAUUAAGUGAAAAUUUGAGGAAUGAAAAUAUUCAAGUUAUUUAAUUGCACACUUAUCUAAUUAAUGAUCUAUUAAAUAACCUAGUAGAAGGUCGGAAGUAUGCUGAUUUCCAGAAUUUGCAUCCAGACUUUUUAAGUCUAUUAAUAAACUCUGAUUUUCUAGAAAACCUCAAAUCUGGAAUAAGUUCAUUUAUUUAAUUGGUGGGGUAGAAGAGUAAUGUAGAAUCUAUAGAUUUACUGGGUUGGCAGUAUGCAAACAUCAUUAAAUUAAUCUAUCUUAACAAAAUAGAUUAAAGCAAAAAAUUGUAAGGUUACUUGUUGAUUCCAAAACAAAUUGAAGAAAUAUAAAAUCUACUUACUAUAACUCAAUGUUUGUCGGAUGAUCCUAUAUAUGCAAUAUAAGAAUAGUUGCUCAAUAAAGCAGUUUUCAUCUUCCGUCCCUUCUUCUUACAAGAAAUACUUUAGAAAGAUAAAGACAACCUAUUUUAAAAGGCUUAUUAAGUCUUCAGAGAGGACAAUGGAGGCGAAAUUGAUAUACUCUAGUAAGAUCCUAAUGAAGUAAGAGUAAAACUUAGAGACAUGGGUUUUCAAGAUGAUGUCAUAACAAUAGCACUUCAAAAUAAUGAUAUUUAUGAUGUGACAAGACUAACUGAUUGGAUCUAUGAAAAUUUUGAUAUGAUUGAAGAAUAGAGAGUCAAAAUGGUUGAAAUUCCAAAGAAUGAACCUUCAUUAGAAGUCGUUACCCAACAAAUUCAAAAUAAAUAAAAGAAUCUUAAACAAUACAUCUAGACAAAUAUGCUAUAUUUUAGUAAAUUCGAAGAAAGCAUCUUUUAACUAUUGGAAGGAUAGAUUAUGCCUUCAUUAUUAAAGUGUUUGAAGUAAGUUGUGUAUGAGUAAUUCAAAUUGCAACUUAAAUUUAAGGAUUGCGAACCUGAAAUCAAGCCUCCUUCAACUGAUAAUAUGAAAGUCAUCAUUACAAUUUUGCAUUACAUCUUCAAACAAAAAAACCUCGUUGAAGAAUACGAAAGUAUUGUGACAGAAUUGAUGAAGUUGGCAUAGGAAAUAAUGAAAUCAUAGGAUGAUCUAAGUCUCAAAGCUAUAAAUCACAUUUUGGCCAUUUUAACUCUCUUUAUAACUGAUGACCAAAAAAAGAAAAAAAAUCAUCAUGACACAGUAAAUGACAUUCUUUUGGGAGUGAUCAAUAUCUUAAAAGGCAAAGUUCAAAACCAUAUAACUUCAAAAAUUUGCAUCGAAAUCCUAGUGAGGGCAUUUGAAGUAAACAAAGAAAAUGUCUCUAAAUUUGUCUCACAAAUGAGAGGAUUAGAACAUUUGUUGAGAAUUAAAGGAGACUCACAAAAUCAUAUGUUCCCCUUGACUAAAUUAGUGCUUUCGAUUGUUCAUGACAAGAGUUUAGUGAUUGCCUAGGUUGAGGCUAAAAUUAAAAAGUUACUCUACAAUUAAGAAUAUAACAAAGAGAUUGAAAACAUCAAUAAACAACAAUAGUAGCCUUAAUCAUAGGUCUAAUAACAACAUUAACCUCAUUAUCCAAUUUGCUUUUAACCAAUUUAUUAUAACAUUCCAAUAACGAAUGAAAUUAAGAUUGCCUCUAAUCAUCCAUCAUUAUUGACAAUUUAAAAUCAAGCAUUCUAUACAGAUGAAGUAAAAGAGGUCAUGUCUCAUUUAUUUGAAGAUGGAGAAACCAUUGAUGGAGUUAAAUACUUGAAUCUCAGAAAGGGCUGUUCAUUGCACACUUUCGAUUGUGUUUAGCCUACCAGUUUUUAGAAACACAAAGAACCUGAAACGGCAAAAAAGAGCAAAUAAAUUUAAAAAAAGAAGAAAAGUGAAGAUAAACUCCAAUUAUAAUCUAACUUUUAGCAUACUCAAGAUGCUUAGAUUUUGAUCAAAUUGUUAAUAUAAUAGAUGAUAAGUUCAUUUUUCGAAAAUGAAUAAUAUCAAUAUCAUUGGUACACUAUAACUCAAGUAUUGUAAAUAUUGAUCAGACGUUAUCCUGUCUUAAUCCCAAAAAUAGUGAGAGUAAAUUGUAGUAAAUUGUUGAAGCCUUAUUAAAAAUAGUUAAGCACAGACUACUAAGAUCUAGAAUUACCUAGAAAAAUCUCAUUUCUUACUCUUAUUACCAGAAUUAUGACUCCUGCAAAGAAUCUUCUAUUUGAAUUGUGUUUGGACAAUGUCCUGUUGUAUUAAAUGGCUAAUAAUAACAUUAUUCCAUUUUCAAACGAAACAAGGAGAAAGAUUGUUAGUGAAUUGUAUGAUGGCAUAGAAAAACGAAUUAAAACCUUUGAUUCAAUUGUGUGUUAAUACUCAUAUACUUUGAUACGUUUGCUAUAGAUAAAGUCUGUGGCUAAGAUUUGUUAUAGAAAUAUUAAUGAUACAACAAAUUCAUUUAACUUUAUUAAAUUAUAUAUCGAUGGAAUGAAGAACUUUGAGUUGAAAUCAUAUUACAGAUAUGAAAAGGAAUUAUAAUUCAUUUCAGAAACCUUAGCAGUUCUUUUCAAUAUGGCUAUUUACCUUUUGUUUUAUAAACCAACCUCAGUCAUCGUCUCUAAAUUAUAACAAGAAUAAUAUGGAGAUCAUUAUCAAUUAUAGGGUAUGAUAGGAUAAUUGUUGCCAGAAGAGAUCAACUCACAAUUGGUACCAAAUAAGAGUAUUUUAUAUCAAGAUUCAAUUAAAUAUUUCUAAAAAUGGCCACUUUUACCCAUUUCAUUCCUAGAAGAGAUAAACUAAAAUCAAUAGCAUGAAGAGUUGGAAUUUUAAUAAUUCUUGCCUCCAUUUAGAAGAAGAAAUAGACUAGUGAAUGUUGAAUUGAUUGCCAAUAUCGAGGAAGAUGAUGGCAUGUUAGAAUUGGAAUAUGACCAUAAUGAUAUGCAAAGUGAGCAGAGUGGAGACUCUCAUAAUUCUCAUGAGUCAGCUCCUGAAGACCUUGAAGAAGAGGAAAAUAGUUGGGCAUCUAGUUAAAGUAGACACAAUCAGAUGGAGGCUGAAGAAGCUUAGAAUUCUUCAUCAAGUUGGACUGAUGAAGAGGAUGAUGACGAAGAUAAUGAUUAAUAGGAGGAAGGAAGUGAAUAGGAUGAGUAAGAGGAAUAGGAAGAAAAUGCAUCAAACAGUGUCAAUGAUGAGGACAUCGAUUAGGAGGAUGAAGAAGAACAUGAGGAAGAUCAAGAAGAAGGAGCUAUUGAUGAAGAAAAUGAAGUAUUCUAAUAAGAAGGAGAAAAUAAUGAAAUUUCAGAGGAAAAUAUUGAAGUCACUAAAUAAUUUCAUCAUCUUACUAGCAGAGAAGAUCAGGCAUUUGCUAAAAUGACUAAAUCUAUCAUUCAAUUAAUCGGCAUUUAAUUCCCAUAAUAAUUUGGGAAGGUCUUAGAUAAAUUAGUCCAUUCUCUACCUAAAAUGAAUUCCCCUGAUGAUUCACAACCAAUCAAUUGGUGGACUGAACUUACCUAAUACAUCUAAAAUCCAUUCUAGAUUGAUGAGAGAUCAUAUGGGUAAGAAUUGAGAAUGCAACCAUUUUUUAGAGAUAAUAGAUUGAACACUGAAAUCUUUAGAAUUGACUAAAAUGAUAGGGUUUUUAACAGAAAUUAAAUUGCUCGAUAUGAUCAAAUUGACAGAUAAGAAAGAAUUGAAUAGCUCAGAUAAGAAAGAAUAGAAUAACUUAGAUAAGACAGAAACAGAUCGAUAAUAUUUAGAAAUAGAAGAGAGGAAUAACAACUAGGACUACAACUCUAAUAUUAAAACCAACCUUAAGAUAAUUUGAUUUCCUAAUUUUAAUAACAUUUAUCACAUUAUACCAGAGAAUAAUAGUUUAUUCGAUUGUUCAAUUGGAAUUAAAUCCCAUCAAGCUAGUAAUAACCACAAUAAUAACAAGGAAAUAUGGCUUCGUUACAAGAGGCAUCUCAUAAUUUGUAAACCAUAUAAGAUCAAUUAUAAUAGUCAUUCUUGAACUUAUUAAAUACUAAUUAAAAUUUGUAGUAAUAGCAAUAGUUAUUGCAAUAAUAACAUCAAUAGUAAGAAUAAUAAUAACAAUAAUAAUAACAACAAUAAUAGUAAUAACAAUAACAAUAAUAAUAAUAAUAAUAAUAAUAAUAGUAAUAAUAAUAACAAUAAUAACUAUAGUUACUAUAAUAAUAGUAAUUCUAAUAAUAAUUAGAUUAAUAACUGUUUUAACAACAACUCUAAGUCGAAGAGGCAUAAGUUUUUGUACCUCAAUAAAACUCGGAAGUUAUGUAAUUAGAACCAUAAGUUUCAGAGAAUGAAUAAUAGGAAAAAAGAUAAUAAUAACAAUAAUAAUAAUAAUAAUAACAAUAAAUGUAAACAGAAGAAUAACCUUAAAAAAUAGAAUAAACAAAUUUAAAUAAUUAAUAAUAAUAACAAUAAAAUUUCGAAUAACUUUAUCCAAAUACCUUCAAUUUCUUAUUAAGAGUAGGAAGAACUUUUGAUGACUUAAUAAGCAACAGCAUUGAUCCCUCAGUAUUUGAAGAUUUAACAGAGGAAAUGAUGGUUGAUAUUAUUUCUACCAUCCCAGAAAAUAGAGAAAUUAAUCCCAUCGAAGGAAUAGAUUAAUAAUUCUUACAAUCAUUACCUCCAGAAAUUAGAAGAGAAAUUUAUUAAUAAUAUGUAUAGCCAAUUUAACCUCAACCUUAAUUGCAGUCUGAUUUAGAUCAGUUGAUUGCCUUAAUUAAUUCAACUCCUUAUGAUGAUAGAGAGGAAAUGUAUUUACAAAUCAGUGCCGAAUAAAUUAGAAAUCUACCUUAAGAUUUAAGGCAGGAAGCUACCUAGAUAAGAGAUAGAGCUGACUAAAGAGCGAUUGAGCAGACGGAGAGAUAAUUGUACUAUCAGGUUGAUCCCUAGUAACAACAUUAACGAAUUCCUAAUAUAUAACCAUAACAGCAAAGAAAAGAAAAUUAAAAAUCUUUGAAUUUGAAGAACUUACUUCAAACACAGAGACAUUUGGUUUAGAAAUUGGGAAAUGUGGAUGAUGAGUUUGCAGAAUCUCUAUUACGAUUACUUUAUGUUGAAUCUCAUAGUUUCGUGAAUUUCCCUAUUAACUUGUUCAUAGCUCUGACAAACAAUCCAAAUGUGGAAUAUAAGUUAAUUGAUGCUCUCUUCUUCAUCCUCAAGAAUCAUAGCAGUAGAGUAAUUUAGAGUGAGUUUCCUCCAUAAAUAUUAAUAAGAAGAAAUGGGUUAAUUAGAGAUUAAAGCAAGAUAUACGAAAUAGUAUCAUUAAAGAUUCUGUAUUUAAUUUCAAAAUUGCAGGGUCCAUCAAUAAAGUAUUUCUUUGAAACAAAGAAAUAAGUAUAAUUGCAAUCAAUAGCCAAAUUGUCAGAAGGCACUUAGGAGCUUCCAUUACUAUAGUUAAUUCAACUUUUGCCUUUGUUUAAGGGUGAUCAUCAAGAGUUGUUGAUAUAAGCUAUAUCAAAUAUAACAACAAAAUAGAGGGACUUUAAAUAAGAGCAAUUAAACUUGGAUUCAAAAUCAGUAGAAUGUGUUUGCACAAUAUUAUUGUAAAACAUGAAUAGAAGUGUUAAGAAUUUCUCUCAUAUUAUUUUAAAUCUCAGUAAUAAUAAAGAAAACCAAUAAUUGAUUAUCAAAUACAUUAAGGAAUUCAUAUAAAGAAUUACAAGAGAAAUAAAUAAUAAUUUUGCCAAACAAUGUUAAUAUGAUGAAAUCUUUACCGCAGACAAAGCUUUGAUAAAUGUAUUUCAAUUUGUCAGAGAAAUGAAUGACAAAAUUGGUGAGAAUAACGACUAACAAGAUACAAGAAGUAAUUUCAAGGAACUGUUGGAAGAUCAAGGUUUAGUAUAAUUAUGGAAAAACUUGAUAAAAUUAUUACAAGACAUUCCUUAAUAGUAGUUAGCAAAACUCAGUACUAAGAUAUCUCCAUAUUUGGAAUGCUUUUUCAUUAUUUAUCAAUUGGUCAAUCCUAUUAGAAAGAAUAAAAAUAUUUAAAGAGAACCAACAAAGAUUGCUAGUAUGGAAGGAUAAUAGCAAGAGGUUCAAGAAUAAUAAUUGCAUGAUGAAUUAUUCUAGUAGAUUUGUGAGAGUGGCAAGGUGUUAUUGAAUAUCAUGAUGAGAGAGAGAUUAUAAGAAUUGAGAGAGAAAGGAAAAUUAGUUAAUGAUUCUUUAGGAGUCAUAAUAUUUAAGAAUCCUAGAAUAGUGGAUUUUGAUAAUAAACAGAAGUAUUUCAAAAUGGAAUUGAAAUAAUUGAAAAUGUAAAACAAUAGACAUCAUUAUGGAAAUGUAAAUAUAAGAUGUAGGAGAAAGGAUAUAUUUAUGGAUUCCUAUCAUCGUAUAAGUAAAUUAAAGCCAGAAGAAUUGAAGGGUAAAUUACAUGUAGAAUUUGAUGGAGAAGAAGGUAUUGAUGCAGGAGGUGUCACUAGAGAAUGGUUUUUGAUGCUUUCAAAGGAGAUUUUCAAUCCAAAUUACGCUCUCUUCACUCCUUCGUUAAAUGGACAAAUGUUUUAGCCAAGUAAUAAAUCUCAUGUGAAUCCAGACCAUGUUAAAUAUUUUAAAUUUAUUGGUAGAAUUGUCGGUAAGGCAAUAUAUGAUGGAUAAUUAUUGGACACAUACUUCACACGUUCCUUUUAUAAACAUAUUUUGGGUUAGAAAUUAACAAUUCAUGAUAUGGAGGACAUAGAUUUGAAUGAAUACAAAAGUAUGAAGAAAAUCUUGGAAGAAAAUGUCACAGAUUGGGGAAUCUAUUGGACAUACAAUGUUGAUCAUUUUGGUAAACUUGAAGAAAGAGAAUUAAUUGAAGGAGGAAAAACUAAAUUAGUAACUGAAGAUAACAAGUUGGAGUAUGUUCAAACUUAUUGUUAUUAAAAAAUGGCUAAGGAAAUUAAAGAUUAGAUUGAGGCUUUUUUGAAUGGAUUUCAUGAAUUGAUUCCGUAAUCUUUAGUGAGCAUUUUUGAAUGGAAGGAGAUGGAACUUAUGUUAUGUGGUCUACCUGAUAUUGAUCUUGAGGAUAUGAAGGAGAAUAUCGAGUAUCAUGGUUAUGAUAAAGGAGAUAAAGUGAUUUAAUGGUUAUGGGAGUUAUUGGAGAGUUUCGACAAGAGUAAAAGAGCAGCAUUCUUAUAAUUUGUUACAGGCACAUCUAAAGUUCCUUUAGGAGGAUUCAAAGAAUUAAAAGGAAUGCAUGGUCCUCAAAAAAUAUAAAUACAUAAAAAACCUUAUGUCAAUUUUGAAUUACCUACUUCACACACAUGCUUUAAUUAAUUAGACUUACCUGAUUAUCCAGCUAGAUAGAUUCUAAAGGAGAAAUUGGAGCUGGCGAUUAUGGAAGGGAAAGAAGGUUUUGGUUUUGCUUGAUAUAAAAUAAUUUCACAUUAUUUAGAAUAAUUUAACUAUUUUUUUA